UUUCAGAUGAUCCGAAUCAAGUAUCUGAUUGCUCUUUCAUCCAUCAUUUCCCUGGCCAAUUGUCGUGGAUGUUUGGAUGCUGAUGACAAAGAAAUCGGGGGGAUAUGCUUCAAAUUUGUGAAUCAAAAGAUGACAUAUGAAAAUGCUAGAGACUGGUGCCAUUAUAAGAAUCCAGUUACACAAUCUUAUUUGGCUCUUGUCCAAAAUCAAUUCACGGCUAAUUUUGUGGCAUCAUACGGACAUAACGCAUUUGGAAGCAGCGAUGCAACAUUCUGGAUCGGGCUCAGCAGAGACCGAAACUGGAAUCCAUUUGUAUUUGAUAACGGUGUAACUCUCGGCCAGGGAUGGAGCAACUUUGACAACCAAAAUAGCUUGAAUUUUGUUGCCGAAAGAGUAUCAAAUGCCAAAUGGACCACAUUCAAUGAUAGCACAACUAUGCCGUUUGUCUGCAGUUAUGAUCCAACUGAACCUCCUGUUUUUUCUCCGCCAACUCCAAGCAGAGCCCCAACAACUACACCAUCUACCACCACAACUACACCCGGACCGACCACUACAUGUAAGUUUGUUUAA